GCACAUUCCUGCUCCUUCAUACAUUUGCACAGUUGACAGGAUGUUCCGUCUCUAUUUCAAAAAACCCCAUUGUGAGCUUUUUUGCGAUAUGUCUCAUUGAGACUCAUCCAAAUUUUGUAAUUUUAUUUAUAAGUCGAACUUUGGUGGUCUCCCACAGAAUCAGUUCUACACCAGGCAAUGAAAAAUUUGAGCACGGCUCAGCAAAAGGAGAGGUUCCUGUAAUGCUGUGGAAGCAGGUGAUAAUGCGGUCUUCUAGAUAACAUGUUCAAAGUGCAAGGUACCAACUCUCAAGACAGUUAAUAUCAGGAUUGCUACAGAAUCAAGAAAUAAUGGAGAAACCACAGGCCUUUCAACAGUCUGGGACGAGGAAAGGGCAUUUGACCAGUGUCCUGGCUUUGGCUGCUCUUGUGUCAGUUUUUGGAUCUUCCUUUCAAUAUGGCUAUAACGUCGCAGUUAUCAAUUCUCCAAGUUUGUACAUGCAGAGGUUUUACAACCAGUCUUACUUUGAUCGAUACGGGAAGUAUAUGGACAGUAGUUUCCAGACUCUGUUGUGGUCUCUCACUGUCUCCAUGUAUCCACUUGGAGGAUUCUUUGGGUCCCUACUGGUUGCCCCAUUGGUGAAUAAUUUGGGAAGGAAGGGCACCUUGUUGUUUAACAACAUAUUUUCUCUCAUCCCAGCAAUAUUGAUGGGAACAAGUAAAGCAUCAAAGUCGUUUGAAAUCAUAAUUAUUGCCAGGAUCAUUGUUGGAGUGUGUGCUGGCCUCUCGUCCAACGUGGUCCCUAUGUACCUGGGUGAGCUCUCACCAAAGAAUCUUCGCGGUGCCAUCGGUGUGGUGCCCCAACUGUUCAUCACGAUCGGAAUCCUGAUUGCUCAGACAUUUGGAUUAAGAAAAGUUCUCGCAAGUGACAGAGGUUGGCCAUUGCUCUUGGGACUGACUGGAGUCCCAGCCGUUGUGGAGCUAAUCUUCUUGCCUUUCUUCCCCGAAAGUCCCAGAUACAUGUUGAUCCAAAAGGGUGAUGAAGUCGGAGCAAGAACAGCUUUAAGGCGUCUAAGAGGAUCGGAUGACGUCGAUAACGAAAUCGAGGAAAUGCGCUUGGAAGAUCAGUCCGAGAAAGCUGAAGGUCGCUUGUCUGUACUCAACCUGUGCUCAUUCCGAUCACUACGUUGGCAGCUGAUAACUGUCAUUGUUCUGAAUAUGGGACAGCAGCUCUCUGGAGUUAAUGCAAUAUAUUACUAUGCAGACAACAUAUAUCGAUCAGCGGGGGUAAAAGAGAAUGAUAUUCAGUAUGUGACUGUUGGCACAGGAUCAGUUAAUGUGUUCAUGACCAUAGCAGCAACGGCUAUAAUCGAAAAGGCAGGACGCAGGCUGCUUCUCCUAGUGGGAUUUGCCACUUGCUGCAUUUCCUGUAUGAUCUUAACAAUGAGUCUGAACCUUCAGGACUCUAUUAAUGGGAUGUCAUAUCUCAGCAUUGUCUGUAUAAUCGUUUAUGUUAUUGGGCAUGCAAUAGGACCCAGCCCCAUUCCAUAUGUGAUAACAACAGAGAUAUUCCGUCAGUCCUCCAGACCAGCAGCCUUCACGGUGGCAGGAUCGGUUCACUGGAUCUCCAACUUCCUCGUGGGUCUCAUUUUCCCUUUUCUCGAGAAAGGGAUCGGUGAGUACAGCUUCAUCAUUUUUGGGAUCAUCUGCCUGGCCACCUUUGCCUACAUUUUCGUUAUUAUUCCCGAAACAAAAAACAAGACGUUCCUGGAGAUCAGUCAGAUCCUGGCCAAGAGGAACAAAGUGGAAAUCCGGGUGGAAAAAGAGCAGCUGGAUCUGAGUCUGAGGGAAGUAGAUCACGAACAAUGGAAGGCAGAGAAGAACACAAAGCUCUAACCGACCCCUGUGUGUCCCUGGGGUUGGAAACGUUUGAUGCAGUAUUAACCACACACAUGUUAACGUUUGUAGGACGCUCCUUUGCCUCCUGGUCUAACAAGGGUGCUAACACAUUUACAAUAAAUAGAUGCGUCAUUA